AUGAUUAAAAACAGAAACUCAUUUGCCAGAACAAAUAUAUAUCUGUAUCUAAGUCCAUUUCUCUCUAUCUAUCUAUCUAUCUAUCUAUCUAUCUAUCUAUCUAUCUAUCUAUCUAUCUAUACAGUAUUGAUCUUCCCUCUCUAUAAUAACAUAAUGCCCUUAUCUAUCUAUCUAUCUAUCUUACACCUUCCCUAUCUAUCUAUCUAUCUAUCUAUCUAUCUAUCUAUCUAUCUAUCUAUCUUACAGUAUUCAUCUCCACUCUCUAUAUUAACAUAUUGCCCUUAUCUAUCUAUCUAUCUAUCUAUCUAUCUAUCUAUCUAUCUUACAAUAUUCAUAUCUCUUUAUCAUAACAUAUUAGCCUUCCCCAUCUAUUCAUUCAUCAUCUAUCUAUCUAUAUCUAUCUAUCUAUCUAUCUAUCUAUCUCUAUCUUUCAUAUCAUUCAUCUAUCUAUCUAUCUAUCUAUCUAUCUAUCUAUCUAUCUAUCUAUCUAUCUUUUACACCUAUCUAUCUAUCUAUCUAUCUAUCUAUCUAUCUUAUCUAUCUAUCUAUCUAUCUAUCUAUCUGUCAUAUCUAUCUAUCUAUCUAUCUAUCUAUCUAUCUAUCUAUCUAUCUAUCUUAUCAUAUUGCUUAUCAUCUAUUCAUCUAUAUUCAUAUCUUACUUUAUCCCCUUAUUAUAAACAUAUUAGCCUAGCCUUCCUAUCUAUCUAUCUAUCUAUCUAUCUAUCUAUCUAUCUAUCUAUCUAUCCCUAUUAUCUAUCUAUCUAUCUCUAUCUGUCUAUCUAUCUGAGGAUUGAGAAAUUAUCUAUCUAUUCAUCUAUCUAUCUAUCUAUCUAUCUAUCUAUCUAUCUAUCUAUCUGCUCUUAUGUGUCUGUGUUUGGCUCAAAAGGAAAUCUAAUGGAAUAG